AAUGAAUUAGUUUCUUUGAACUGAUGAGCAGUUGGUACCUGCCAUCAGUGUGUGAAUGUGAUAUGUAGUGUGAAACACUUUGAGUUGUCUGAAAGGCGCUAUACAAGUACAGUCCAUUUAUUUUCUUACAUUUCAAAUUUACAAAGUAUAAUGGUAAUUUGCCUGAAAAUUCUUGUAUGUAUUCAACAUACGAAAUUUAACAUCCUUUGUGUUUAUCAUCAUGAAAGCAUCAUCCUCACUAUGGUUGACGUUAGCUCCAAAGAUUUAAAUGUUAACCGGGUGCAAAUGUUAUUCAAAUUAACAUCUAUUAUCUAUUACAGAUAGAUAUUUAUUAUAAUGGCAUAAGCAACAUUUCUUUUAAUACACAGACUAAUAUAAGAGAGGAACUAGAUAUAAUUUAUUUAUGUUUUCUGAUGCUUUAAAAGUUUUGUUUACAUCAUUCAAUUUGUAAGCAUGGGAGUAAAACUAUAUUUCUAAAUUAUGCUUAGAUGACAAACACAAGUUAUUCUUCAUCUAGAAAGCAAACUUUAUGUGUAUAUAUCUGUAAUGUAUAAGAUCAAAACAGAGCUAAGGCUGGAAAUAACAAAAGGCCUUGGUGAAAUUGCAGCGUCCUUCACCUUCACUAUAACUACAUUGUUCAAUGUCAUAAACUGUUUUGCUGUUCUGUUUAAUGUUUGUACGUUCUAGCACAGCUGCCAUUCUUUAAAAAAAAGGUAAAAAAGAAAGAAAGCAGUGACAUGGUGAAAUAGCACAGCAGUGAGGGUUACUGUUUGGAACGACAAGCCUAUUUAUACACAGUGAUUAAUUAGAAUUAGCUUUAUUGGCCAAGUAUGUGUACACAUACAAGGAGUUUGACUCUGGUUUUACGUUGCUCUCAAUGUACUCACACAGUUCCAAGAACAAUUUAUAGGAAUGAAAGAAAUAGACAUACAGCUAAAAACAAAGACAACAAAGCUGAACAAUGAUAGGUAAACAUAAACAUAGAACUAUUAUGUAAAUAGGUGUAUAUAUAAAAAGCAACAAUGACCAAUAAUAUACUAUGUCUAUAUACAAGUCGAGUGUUUUUGUAAAUUGUAAACAAAUACAAAUAGUGCAAAGGAAUAAAUAAUACUGUGCAAAAUAAAGUAAAUAAAGCGCGCUACAGCUACAGCAUCACAGUUUAUUAUCUUUUCUUUAACUGGGUAGAAUGAAACUCGCCCAUCUACUAUUAAGACUGCAUUCUUUGAGUGUGAGGACUGUUGGUGGUUGCUGGUUUGAUUCCCCCUUGCUACACAAAAUCUGCACUUUGAUCACAUAUUUAAUGUUUUAAAUACGUAUCAGUGAUGACUGUAUGUUCUGUCUCACAGAACUGUGUUCGACAUAAACACUCAUCUGAAAUGACCUCGAGAAAGAAAUCCUAUCUGUUGUUUUGGAGUACAGCGUCUCCAGGUCUACAGUAUCUGUCUGUGUCUCUCACACACACUCAUUCUUUAAGAGAGACACAAAGAGAGAUACAGUGAAAGUUUUGGGAAUUGAAGGACAAGUCAAGCACUGUGCUCCAUGAAUAAUUUAGGAAUCAGUCAUGUUGCUAUGGCAACUAGACCAGGGGGGUGUCUUAAGACUGCACUCUUGGAGGCAGACGUGAGUCAGCAGGACAGGCAGACGGAGCAGGACAGAAUAAACAAGCUUCAUCACAAAUCCCAGGACAAUUUUCUCCAUGUACAUCAAAUUUUGUCGCAGCUAUGGCGAAGAUAAAAAAGACGAAGCCAGUGCAAACUUGUCACCCAAGUCCAAGUUAUCUGUUGAACUGGAGGGGGGAAAAGGCAAACAGACUGAGGGAAACAUCCGUCUGUACCGUGCUGUGUGUUUAUUCCUCACAAUAAUCAGCCUGGUCCUGCUGCUGGUCGUCAUAAUCCUCAGUGUGAAACUCCAAACUGGAUCCACGGUCUGCCCGGAGAGAGCGGAAAUAGCAGCAGACAGCAGGCAAAAUCCUUCAUUUGCUCCAACGUGCAACUACGAGAAGUGCCAGGCUCACUUCAACAACAUUCAACCCCAAUAUCUCGGCUGUCAGCAGUGCGCUGAUGGGUGGCUGACCUUUGGCCGAUCAUGUUUUUUCCUGUCCACCUUCAGGCUGAGCUGGGAUGAGAGCCAGAGGAACUGCAGCGCUAGAGGAGGAUCUCUGGCUGUUAUUACCAGCCAGAGGGUUCAGCGUUUUCUGACUAAGGAGGGGAAAAUGAAAUACUGGAUCGGGCUGAAAAACAAAGGCGAAACAUGGACCUGGGUCAACAACACUGUGCUGCAAGAGAGCUAUUGGGCAGACGUUAUGUUAGAAGGGGAUUGUGGGAUCCUCAGCAGUGGAAACCCACCUGAGAAGAACUGGAUCACAGCUUCUUGCCAAGCCUACACCUACUUCAUCUGUCAGCUGCAGAUGCAACACAGUCCUUUUUAACAGAAUAAUGAGAAAACCAAAAUUCUGUCAACAAGCAUUCACUCCUCAAUAACAUUUCAAAUUAUUUCUACUUCCACUUCACACUUCAAUCAGUACCAUGUAUCCAGCAAAGAAAGAUGAAGCUUCUUAGAUAUAAGUUUUAUGACUGUUUAGUCAGAUUAUUUUCUUGUAGCAUUGUGUUGCCUAAUUUGUAGUCCGUUAUGCCUAUGAGCACUUUUAAGCACUAAUCAGGGUACCUUACUGUUAGAUACUGUAUGAUUCCUUAUAUUGCUGUCUGACUUUUUCCACAAAUGAAGACCAACAAAUUUGUUCCAAUAAGGUUUUAUUCUCUUAUAAAAAUGUUCAUGCAACUCAGCAGUGGAAACCCACUUGAGAAGAAAUGGAUCACAGCUUCUUGCCAAGCCUACACCUACUUUGUCUAUCAGCUGCAGAUGCAACACCGUCUUUUUUAACAGAAUAAUGAAAAAAAACAAAAUUCUGUCAACAAGCAUUCACUCCUCAAUAACAUUUCAAAUUAUUUCUAUUUCCACUUCAUACUUCAAUCAGUACCAUGUCUCCAGCAAAGAAAGAUGAAGCUUCUUAGAUAUAAGUUUUAUGGCUGUUUAGUCAGAUUAUUUUCUUGUAGCAUUGUGUUGCCUAAUUUGUAGUCCGUUAUGCCUAUGAGCACUUUUAAGCACUAAUCAGGGUACCUCACUGUUAGAUACUGUAUGAUUCCUUAUAUUGCUGUCUGACUUUUUCCACAAAUGAAGACCAAUAAAUUUGUUUCAACAAGA